AUGAACGAGAAACCCGAGUCGCUGUGCCGCGUGUGCGGGGACAAGGCUUCGGGGCGGCACUACGGCGUGCCGAGCUGCGACGGGUGCCGCGGGUUCUUCAAGCGCAGCAUCCGGAGGAACCUGGAGUACGUGUGCAAGGAGCAGGGGCGCUGCGUCGUGGACGUGGCGCGCAGGAACCAGUGCCAGGCAUGCAGGCUCAAGAAGUGCCUCUCGGUGGCCAUGAGGAAGGAGGCAGUGCAGCACGAACGCGCGGUCCCGUUCACAACCACGCCGCCGCUCCCGACUGGUCAGCAGUUCGUCCGAUGCGUCCGGUCCCUGCUACAUCCCGACAUCCGGGACCCUGAGGGGCCCCCUGGGCCUGGGGGCCUAUUUGUGCGCCCCCCCGCGUCCGCCCCGACUGCCGACCCUACAGCCGCAGCCGAAUCGCUUUCCGGAGGACCCGAUGAAGAAGGGAUCGUCAGGAUGGAAGCAGCGCCCAGGCUGCCUGAUCUGAAAUCAUCCACCCCACCACCACCGUUGAAGAAACCCACCGCCGAAGACUGCGCCACCAGUGACGAAUCUCGCAACUCUUCGCCAGCCGACAACCACCGGCCCAGCCCGACCUCUACAGUCCAGUUCCCGCCCCUGUACCACAGGAUCGUCCCUCCAGACCCCAGACCCAGGGCCUACAUGUCCGUGGGGCCCCCCAGCACCUUGCCCCCUGCUUUCCUCGGGCCCUUCCCGCCAAAUCCUCUGGACACCGCCUACGAAGCAGCAGCCAAGUUACUCUUCUUCUCCAUCCGAUGGAUGAGGGGCAUCCCAUCGUUCCUCCAGUUGGGAUUCAGGGACCAAGCGAUCCUUUUGGAAGAGUCGUGGAGCGACAUCUUCGUCCUCAGUGCUGCCCAAUGGGGUUUCCCAUUGCAAGAAGGUUUCCUUUCCUUUGCUACGAUGGUAUCUCCAGAGAGGCGACCCCUGGUGGCGAAUCAGCUCCACCAGAUGAAGAAUGUGAUGUCGCAGUUGAUUUCCCAACAGGUGGAUCAUACAGAAUUCUCCUGUCUCAAGGCGCUCAUACUCUUCCGGCCAGAAGCCAGUGGCCUCCGAGAUCCCCUCCAAGUGGAACUGCUUCAGGACCAGACCCAGCUGAUGCUGCACGAGUACGUGCUGACGAAACAGCCGCCCUCGAAGGUCAGGUUCGGCAAGCUGUUGCUCAUCCUGUCCCUCGCCAGGAAAGUGCACUCUUCCGUCGUCGAGGAGGUCUUCUUCAGGAAGACCAUCGGUUCGGUGCCCAUCGAGAGGCUGCUGUGCGACAUGUUCCAAGCCGCAUGA